UGCAUUUUGAAAAAUAUGAAAUAAAAAUAUUUAACAUAUAAGGCUAAAAUUGGUGAUAAGAGGAACAGAGAAGAUUCCACUAGAAUUAACAUUCUAUGUGUAGUAGUUGGAAUUUAGUUCCCACUUAUUUUAAAUUUUUUAAUUUUAUUUAUGUAAUUUCACAUUUUUGUAGUAUUAAACAUUUAAAUUACUAUAAAAUGAUUUUAAUUUUUCAAGUUUUUAUUAAAUUACUAUUUCAUUGUAAUUUUAAAUCUCACAUUUAAAUAUGUUUGGAAAUACUAAUACCUCUGGAUCAUUUUGGAAUACUAAUAAUCAGCAAAAUACAAAUUUAUCAAACACUUUUUCAUCGCUAACUAAUACAGACCAAAAACCUAAUUACUCCUUUGGAUCUUUUGGCUUAAAUAACACUUCCACCACUCAAAGUGCUAAUUUACAAAAUAGCAGUUUCAUGAAUUCCGGGACAAAUAGUUUGUUCGGGUCUAAUCAGCCCUCUCUUUUUGGCCAGAGUAGCACCAUGGGUGGUUCUACUUUGUUCGGAAACACUGGCCAGUCCAACACCUUCUUCGGAAGUAACAUGAAUAAUACUUCACAGCAACUAGGCUCUUCUAAUUCUAAUGUUUUUGGAAGCUCUUUAUUUGGAUCCGAUAAUAAACAAACUGGGAGUUUCUAUCAGACCAAUACAGGCCAAAAUCAAACCGGAUUUGGCCAAAUUACUGGAAACGAGACUGCCGAUCCUAAAAAUUUUGACGGUUCUACCAUUGUAAAUGUAGCUUAUGAAACAAAUAAUAUCCCAGAUGAGUAUAGGUGGGAGUAUUAUAGGAAAAAUGACCCUUCGUUGGGUGGUUUGGGUGCUGGAUUUGCAAACACCACUGGAACUGGAUUGUUUGGCGGUACCACUGGACUUGGUUCUGCAACUGGCACUGGUUUAUUUGGUAGCACUAAUACUGGACUAUUCGGUUCGACUACCGGUCUGGGAUCAACAACUAGUACCACCGGAACUGGCCUCUUUGGUUCAACUACUGGACUUGGUUCCACCACUGGAACAGGGCUUUUCGGAUCUAACACCGGAAUAAAUACCAAUACUGGCACUGGAUUAUUCGGUUCAACCACGACCGGUCUAGGGUCAACCACAGGAUUAGGCUCAACAACUGGAUCGGGUUUAUUCGGAAGUAAUACAGGGACCACUUCUACUACCGGAACUGGCCUCUUUGGAUCAACCAACACAGGUUUGGGCUCAACCACUGGUGCUGGACUGUUUGGAAGUACUACUCAAACUGGCACUACUGGAACUGGAUUGUUCGGAUCAUCCAAUACUGGCUUAGGUUCAACAACGGGUACUGGAUUAUUUGGUAGUACAACUGGACUAGGAACAACAACUGGUACAAAUACAGGUACAGGAUUGUUUGGAAGUACUACGCAAACUGGUCUUGGUUCUACCACAGGGACUUCAGGAACUGGUCUGUUCGGUGGCACUACAACUGGCACGACAGGUUCUGGCCUAUUUGGUUCCACUAAUACUUUUGGGAGUACUACAACUGGGCUAGGUUCUACAAGUGGUACCACAGGCACUGGGUUAUUUGGAUCAACGAAUACUGGAUUGGGCUCGACAACAGGCACGACAGGUACUGGAUUGUUCGGAUCAACUACGUCGACUGCUGGGACAACUGGAACUGGUCUAUUCGGUAGCUCAAACACAGGAUUAAACACCACUACCGGUACUGGCCUGUUUGGUGGCACCACAACUGGCCUAGGAUCUACUACUGGUUCUACUGGAACUGGAUUGUUUGGAUCCUCGGCUACAACUCAACCAGGCGGUUUAUUCGGCAGUACCACAAGUGGCCUGGGUUCUACCACUGGAACUACAGGAACUGGACUGUUUGGUAGUACUACUGGACUAGGAACCAUGAGUGGUACCACUGGAACUGGUUUGUUCGGAUCUAGCACUGGAUUUGGUUCUACAACUACGGGCCUCGGAUCACUUGGAAGCCAGUACGGUACUUCAAAUUUGUUUGGAGCCACGGGAACAUCUCAAUUUAACAACCAAAUGCAACAGAACAAUCCUAAGCUCGGAUGUCUGUACCUUUGGGACUUGAACUCACCCUCACCUGGUUUAUCCAGCUUUUGGUCUAGCAACGUGAGUCUUCCCCCUGAGGCAAUUGAAUAUUUGAACAAGGUUAACUCCCUAAACAAAGAACCGGUCCAGCCCCAAAAUCCCAACGUUUCAAACAGCUUGUACACCAAUGACCAUAAGGAUAGGUUUGGAAUCAGAAAAGUCCUCAACGAUCUUGGAAUUUCUAUUCCCAGAUAUUACAUGAAUGCACUUAACACCCCUAACACGUAUAAUACAGAUACUACAAAUAAUUAUAAUGAAGAUAAGCGAGUAAACGAACAUAAAAGAGUUAAUGGAGAUAGAGACGUGGAAUCUGGAUCAAACUCGUUACAUAGACAUUUUGAAAAGAUCAGGUCACUUCAGGAAGAUAGACGCACUGAGGCGGACUUACUUAAAUUUUACACUAAAGGAGGAAAACUUAAAAUACUCAAGGAUACAAAUCAACUAAAACAACACCCGAACUCAAAUCAUAAAACUGGUAAUAACACCAAUAACAUAUCUAAUAAUAUGACUAAUAACGUGAGGAAUAAUGUAAAUAGUGUAAAUAAUAUUGACGGGCUGGAGGUAGGGAUGUUAGGAGGGUAUUUGGGCAGGAAUGGGAAGACAAGACUAGAUCCAAUAUAUUUAUCAAAGGUAGAUGAGGCGGAAAAGUUUGUCGAUACUGAAAGUGACAUGAAAUCUCAAUUAACUGAAAAGGAGUCGGCGGAGUCUGAAAGUGCAGAUGAUGUAACACCAAGUCAUAGACCUCCAAAAUUAACAAAGGAAGGCUACAGCACAAGGCCUACAAUGCAAAGUUUGCAAAAAAUGACCGACACACAGUUGGCAUCGGUAAUGGACUUCCAGGUUAUCAAGGACGGCUACGGGGAUAUACUCUGGCCUGGAUACACAGAUUUGAGAGGGCUUGAUCUGGACAAGAUUGUAGACAUCGGAUAUCGCAAAUUAUCUGUGUAUAAGGACUCUGAUGACGUAUCGCCUGUGGGCACAGGCUUAAACAAGACAGCUCUCAUAACUCUAUACAACUGCACACCUAAAGACUAUGAUGAGAGGUCCAUUUCUAAGCAAAUAACACAAAUUGAGAAGCUGAAGGAAUAUACCGAGUCAAACGGCUGUAAAUUUAUAUCGGCGAACUUCAAAAAUGGUAUCUGGAUGUUCGAAACGCCUUAUUUUGUUAACACUUCAGGAAAUCUGCCUGAAAAUCCAAAGUUCAUGGCAUUUGAUCAUGACCGACGCUAA